CCUCAUAGCAACCAGCAGCGAGCAACAAUGUCCGCCUUCCGCAGAGCGUUGGCCGUGCUGGCCAGCAGGCUGCACCCUCGGUCGCCGUCGAGCAGCGAGCUGGUCGGCUGGCCGACUGGCAGGACACGGAGGCGGGCCGCCGGGAUGUGUUUGGCGACCGGGGGAGCCAUAAUGGCAGCAUUUUACCUGUACAACGAUAAAUCAAAAUACAAACGCAGCGCCAACCGACUGAGUCGUUUGCUGCCUUCCGUUCCCGCCGUGGCAGCCAAAGAGAAGGCUCAUCCGUACGACUUUGACGAAGGCGAGGUCCACAUGUCGUCCCACGAGCAUCGCUUUCGCCUCUUCAGCUCGGUGGAGUUCGAGGGACAGCUGUACAUGACGCCGCACAACUUCAUCGAGUCGGUCACCAUGAGCGAGCCCAGGAAGCCUCAUGCUGGCUUUAAGAUCGCCUUCAACAUGUUUGACGCCGACGGCAACCAAAUGGUGGACAAGAGAGAGUUCCUAGUGCUCCAGGAGAUUUUUCGUAAGAAGAACGAGAAGAGAGGAAGGAAAGGAGAUGUUGACAAGUCAGCCCAGUUGAGUAUGCAGCUCUAUGGAUAUCAUGUCGCUCCUAUCAACAGCGUGUUAAAAAAAGACAGUGAGGAGUUUGUGGCGCGGAGUUACUGGGACAUCCUGCGGCGAUGCGCCAGUCAAGCGCUCUUUUCUGACCUGGCGGAGCGGACAGACGAGAACAUAAUGACAGACACCACCUUAUUGGUCCAUUUCUUCGGCAAGAAGGGGAAGGCGGAGCUUACUUUUGAUGACUUCUACAGGUUCAUGGACAACAUCCAGACCGAGAUGCUGGAGAUAGAGUUCCUCAACUACUCCAAGGGCAUGACCACCAUCAGCGAAGAGGACUUCGCCCGCAUCCUGCUGCGCUUCACCAACGUGGAGAACAUCAACGCCUACCUCGAGAACAUACACCACUGUAUCCCCGACGACAAGGGCAUCACCUUCGACGAGUUCAGGUCCUUCUUCCAGUUCCUCAACAACCUCGAGGACUUUGCCAUCGCCAUGCAGAUGUACAACUUUGCUGCACGCUCCAUUGGACAGGAUGAGUUUGCGCGGGCCGUGUUCGUGGCCACGGGGCUCAAGCUGACACGCCACCUGGUCAACACCAUCUUCAAGAUAUUCGACGUGGACCACGACGACCAGCUGUCCUACAAAGAGUUCAUCGGCAUCAUGAAGGACCGUCUGCACCGCGGGGGGGGCUAUAAGUCUGAGGAGCGCUUCACCUCCUUCAGGUCCUGCCUCAGGAAGGAGCUGGCCAGCAGAUAAGUACCACUCAAUAACCUGACGCCACAACCGCUGGGUUUAGUAGAAAAAUAAGAUGGCCCCACGCUUGAAGAUCAGACCUUCUUAUUACAUCACAGGUGGGCGUGUCCACCUAGAAGUGUGACGGAUAGAUGAGCAACGUUUGCUUCAGUCCACUGGGUAGGCUGGUAGACUGCCACGCUCA